AUGACUAGCAACAACAACCAGAGCACCAGCCUGAACCACCAGCACCUGCACUCGCCCUCCAAACUCACCGAAUUCGCCCGCAACUUUGAGGACAAGCCGGAGUCUCUUUUUGGCCGUGUGGUGAACAAGAUCCAGAAUGUCUAUAACCAGAGCUACAACACCGUCAACGACAUAUCCAGCGGAAGCAGCAGCAGCAGCACCAGUGCUUCCUCGCAGUCCGCCGUGCAGGUCGUGGGCAAGUCGCAGUUCUUCAGUGAAACCCAGGGGCCCACUGGUGAAGUGGCCAACGUGGAAAUUGCCAGUUUGAGCUCUGUCCGCCCGCAACCACCCACCACGCUCAGCAUAAGGAGCAACAGUGAGUCACGGAGCACGGGCACAGGCACCUCCAGCAACACCGCCGCCGAGGAUUCGGAGGCCAGCGAGCGCAUCGAGGCGCUGCCCAUGCCAACCAGCGAAGCGAAUCAGGGCCGCACCGUUUCCAAUGUGCUCAAGCACAUCAGCAAUAUUGUAGCCACUAAAAACAACAAUGAUCUGCGUAACUAUAAGGAUACAGAGCUGCAGCGCUUCUGGAUGCCCGACUCGAAGGCCAAGGAGUGCUACGACUGUUCCCAGAAGUUCUCCACUUUCCGGCGAAAGCACCACUGUCGGCUGUGCGGUCAGAUCUUCUGCUCCAAGUGCUGCAACCAGGUGGUGCCCGGCAUGAUCAUCCGCUGCGAUGGCGACCUCAAGGUGUGCAACUACUGCUCCAAGAUAGUCCUCACCUUCCUGAAGUCCUCCAGCUCCGAGAUGGGCCAGGAUCUGCAGGCCCUGCAGCAGCACUUGAGCAACAAACUGGAGGUGCAAGACAGCAGUGGCACGCCGCAUGCGAAGCAUCCGCAGCAGCUGAGGGCACCACUUUCCCGGAAGACUUCCGUGGGCUACCAGGAGGAGCGCUUCAGUUCGCAUCCCACCUACACUACCCUGUCCAUUGACGAUCGCAAGAACAUCCUGCAGCAGUCGAACUCGCUGAUCACGCUGCACGAGGAGAUGCAGCGCGAUCUGCCCGCCCAGAACUGUGGCCAACGUCUGAUCGAGUUCCUCAACAGCAAUAACAAAUCGGCGAAUGAGGUGCAGGCAGUGGCCAUACUGAAUGCCAUGCUGGCUGCCGGAUUCCUUGAGCCCAUCGUCCCGGAUCCCGAGCAGAUGGAGUUCGAUCCCACGCUGCACUACAAGUUCGCCAAGAGCAGCAGCUCGGAUACAUCGCGUACGAUGAGUCCGCAGUUUGAGGCUGCUCCCCACGCAGAGCCACAGCCACCCAAGUCAAUGGAUCAGUCGGCUGAGGAAAAGGAAAAGGAGCUGGAAAACGAACUGGAAAACGAUCGCUGCUUCACCACAGCCACCUCGAAGCUGCUCGCAUCCUACUGCGAGCACGAGGAGCAGCUGCUAUCCCAGAUGUUGCGCGCCCACAAUCUGGACCAAGAGUGGGACAAGGUGCUCCAGAUGCUCUGCUCCACGGCAGCCAAUCACUUCAAGCCGGAGCACUGCACCUACGAUUUGAUGGACAUCCGCAACUAUGUGAACUUCAAGAAGGUGCCGGGUGGCAGGCGCAAGGACUCGAAGAUUGUGCACGGCGUGGCCUUCUCCAAGAACGUGGCCCACAAGGACAUGGCCACGCAUGUGCCCUUUCCCCGCAUCCUCCUCCUGCAGUGUCCCAUUGUCUACGAGCGCAUUGAGGGCAAAUUCGUGACCAUUGAGACGGUUCUCCUACAGGAGAAGGAGUAUUUGCGCAAUGUCUGUGCCCGCAUCAUGAGCUUCACACCCAACGUGGUGCUUGUGCACAAGAAUGUGGCGGGUAUUGCCCAGGAUCUGCUGAGAUCGUAUGGCGUAACGCUGGUUUUGGAUGUGAAACUGUCGGUAAUGGAACGUCUGUCACGCACUUUGCAGUGCGACAUUGUCUCGUCCAUCGAAUCGAAUAUAACCAUGCCCAAGCUGGGCGAUUGCAAUGAUUUCUACAUACGCAACUACAACGGCAAGACGCUGAUGUUCUUCGAGAAGCUUACCAAUCCCCGGGGAUACACCUGUCUGCUGCGGGGAGGAAGCAAUGCAGAACUCACCAGGGUCAAGCGGGUGGCAUCUGCGCUUCUGUUUGCCCGCUACAACUGGCGCUUGGAGAUGUCUUUCCUGCUAAAUGAGUUUGCUCAGCCACUGAGUCCCAAGCCUUCGAUAUUUGACUCGAAGGAAACAAGUCCCAAAACGGAAACCGAGGCGGAACUUCGAGCCAAACGGCCUGCUAUUGUAGAGCGCAAGUCGGAGGAUAAGAUCACCACCAUUGUCAGCGAGAAUGUGUCCGAUUUUACGGAUCCACUGCGUGCCAGCCAAUCCGAGGCUCUAUCUACUUUACCCGUGGUGGAGGCGCUGGCCGUGGAACCGCGCUACGACAACCGAUUCCGCACAGCACUAAGUUCCACGCUGCUCUCGGUCAGCCCCUUCCUGACCUUUCCACUUCCCUAUUUGGAAACAGAGCAGGGACGAAAGUGCAAGCUGCGCAAGCUCUUUCCCGCCGAGCUGUACUUCUCAAAGCAGUGGUCACGCACGGGCCUAGAGCGACCAGACAGCCAGGGCGAUGCGGAAGCUGGCAAAUCGGAGCCAGGGAACAAAGAGAAUCAGCUGCAGCUACUUCCGCCCUCUGAUUUCGUGCAGAUGAAGAUCACGGCUCCGGCCAGCAGUCGCGAUAUUCAGUCCAAGCUGGCCGAGUUCCGCUCCUUCGGCGGUCGCUUACCCAAGGGCAAGGCACCUAUGCUGCGGCCGAAGAAAAAGAACGCUGAGGUCAUACAGCGGCCGCAGAAGGUCAGCGAGGAGCAGCUGUACAGGGAUGCCCUGGAUCCGCAGAACCACCAGCGGCUGCCGGUGCUCUUCUGCAGCUUCCACUACAAUCCCAAGGGCGUGUCGUCCUUCUGCAAGCUGCCCAUGCUGCUGGACAUGAAGUUCUACGGGCAAUACGACAUCAUGCUGGAGCAGUUCCUCCAGCGCUACUGCUGCCUCUUCAACUCGAUGUGUCCGUCCUGCAAUCUGCCCAUGCUGGGGCAUGUGCGUCGCUAUGUCCACUCGCUGGGCUGCGUCCAUGUCUACCUAACCGAGGACUCGACCCGUUCCGAUCCGAAACGAAUAUACUUCACCUCCUGGUGCAGCAUAUGCAAUGCCACGACGCCCACGAUUCCGCUGGCCGAUUCCGCAAAGUGCCUUUCGCUGGCCAAGUAUCUGGAGAUGCGCUUCCAUGGCCACGCCUACAAGCGACGUCCUCCUGCGGCGGACGCGGAGCAGCAGGGAACGGGCAGUCCAUGCGAGCACUCUCUGCAUCGGGACUAUGUCCACCACUUUAGCUUUCGCGGCGUGGGCGCCAAGUUCCAGUACACCCCCGUCGAGGUCUGGGAAACGGAUCUGCCUUCGUUGAGUCUGCAACUGGAUCUUCCGAAAGCCUUUGCCAGUGCCCAGACCCAGGAGGAGAUCAAGAACUUCUCGGUGAGGGGUCACGAGGUGUACAACAGGAUUCACGAGCGCAUUGCCGACCUGGCCACCGAGGAGGAGAACUCGCCGCUGGUGCAGCCUAAGACCAUGCUCACCCACGACCAGUUCAUCUUCAAGCAGAAGAUCGAGAUUGUGCACACUUUGCUCACGGACAACAGAGCCACCUCGUAUGACACCAGUGAUGCCCUCUCCAUGGCCCGAAGGGCUCUGGCCGAGAGCAUUGAGCUGUGGGGUCCGCGGCUGCAGGAGAUCGAGAAGCUGACUGCCAAGCAGGCGCAUCACAUCGACUCGGGAACCAUCUGCACGGAGGAACUGAGGCCGGAGCAGGUCCAAUCGGUGGACUCCUCAAAAACUACCAGCUCUAGCGAUGCCUUGGAGUGUCCAAGCGAGGAUACCGAAAGCCAAACAGCCAGCAGUCAAAGUAUAUCAAUUUCGGAGAAGAAAUUCUCUAUUGACCAGCUGCUGGCCUCCACCGUGAACGUAUAUUCGGAUAAGAAGUCGAUCAAGAAGAUUCUCACCCAGCUGCUGCCGUCGGCCAACCAAGUCAACCCACUGCAGUCACCGUUUCCCGCCCAGGAUCAUCUUACGCUUCCGCUGGGAGCCAUUCCCAUACACGUUCGCGAAACUGAUCUGAGUUCGGUGAUUGCCUACAGUCUGACCUCGGCGGAUUAUCAAAAGGCAGUGGAUGAGAUGGAGGCCAACUCCAACUCCUCUGCUGCCCAUUCGAGUCCCCAGCUGAAGCGGAAGAUUCCGCUGGGCGAGAGCCUCAGCGAUGCCGAGGAUGCCAGUCCCAGCUUGUCGCGUACUUCGAGCAACACCAGUGCUGCUCCCAAUGCGCCCGGUUCUGCUCCUCCUCCUCCUCCUCCAGCUGCCACAUCCGAGUCCGAGGAGAAGGGCAAGGAGCGCACCAAGCAGCCCCCAAGUCCACAUAUCACGCUGGCAUUCCAGGACAGCAGCUGCCAGUUCCAGUGCAAGAUCUACUUUGCCCGCGAGUUCGAUGCAAUGCGAUGCAAGAGCUUGAAGCCACCCAAGCUGGACAAGUCCCUGUACCGCCGGCUGGAGAAGAGCAAGAUGCGCGAGGAGCUAAGAAUCUCACAGAGUCGCACCGGCUCCGAAAUGGAGUUGGUGCGCAAGCCCAGCGAUGUUGGAGCUCCCCGGAACAUCGAUACCGAGGAAUCGAAUCUGGAGGAGGAGGCCAGGAUCGCUCUGGCGCGAAGCCUUUGCAAAAGUGUCCAGUGGGAGGCGAGGGGCGGCAAAUCGGGAUCACGGUUCUGCAAGACGCUGGAUGAUCGCUUUGUGCUCAAGGAAAUGAACUCCAAGGACAUGACCAUCUUUGAGCCAUUCGCUCCGAAAUACUUUGAGUACAUUGCAAAGUGCCAGCAACAGCAGCUGCCCACAUUGCUGGCCAAGAUCUUUGGCGUCUUCAAAGUCACCGUUAAGAAAAAGGACUCCACUGUGGAUCGUUCGGUGAUGGUCAUGGAGAACCUGUUUUAUGGCUGCGAAAUCGAGAACAAGUUCGACUUAAAGGGUUCGGAGAGAAAUCGCUUGGUGGAUCCUAGCAACCAGCAAGGUGAAAUUGUCCUGUUGGAUGAAAACCUAGUGCAGAUGUCCUGGUCAAAACCUUUGUACGUUUUGUCGCACAGCAAAACUGUGCUUCGGGAUGCCAUCCAGCGAGAUUCCUCUUUUCUGGAGAAGAAUCUUGUCAUGGACUACUCACUUUUGGUGGGCUUGGACAAGAAAAACAGCGUUCUGGUUCUAGGCAUAAUAGAUUACAUUCGCACCUUCACCCUGGACAAAAGAGUGGAGUCCAUCCUCAAGGGUUCGGGCAUUUUGGGCGGCAAGGGCAAGGAUCCCACGGUGGUCAAUCCGGAGCGCUACAAGCAGCGCUUCAUCGAUGCCAUGGAUCGCUACUUCCUCACAGUUCCGGACCGUUGGGAGGGCCUCUCCAAGGUCUAAUCUAUGACCAGCCACACAACCCACACACACAAUGUGCACACACUAGUUAACUAGCUAGCUAUAGACGCAAUAAAGUAGACGCCAAUCCAACUCA